CAAUAGCGCAACUGUCAUUUUUAAAUAAUGCACUGGAGAACGCUGAGUUCAUGAACAGCAUGGUGCACUAUUUAUCCAACGUAAGCGGCCGGACAACCUCAGAAAGUGUGCGGAACGUCAUGCUUACUUGCAUGACUAACAACUUGGUCAGACAUGUGAACUGGCGUGGUGUGCAUGAGAAGUAUAAAAUAGCGAACACACCAUUCGCGAGAGCGGUCCUUGAUUCCAUUAUGAGAAAAAACAUACCAGGAUGCACAGAGCCUGAUAUUGUUGAUAAGUUACGACGCUGGAUACAACGAAUUAAAGAGCGUGAAUCGUGGAUACGAAAGGAAACAGAACGGUUAGCACUGGAAAAUUCCGCUUUGUAAAUUAUGAGAUCCAUAUUACACUAUGUUUUCGCGAA